ACUGUCAUCGACGCGUAGCCGUGUGCCAGUUGGCUGUGUUGUUCGGUGUGUUCGGGCAAUGUUCGCGGCCGUAUUCCGCGUGUCCACGGUGCGUUCCUGUUUCCCGGUGACCAGUGACAAAGUGUACUAUCGGUGUAGCAUCCCGGUGCAGCGUAAACAGCAGUGUCCGACCCACGCCACGAUGGCCGCCGUUCCACCGGUUGUGGUGAUUCUCGGUUCGACCGGCACGGGCAAAACAAAGCUAUCGCUCGAGCUAGCGUCCCGGUACGGUGGGGAGGUGAUCAGUGCCGACUCGAUGCAGGUUUACACAGGACUAGACAUUGUUACAGCCAAGGCGACGAAGGAGGAGCAGCAACAGGUGGUGCAUCAUCUGCUGAACGUGGUUACGCCAGAUCAAGCCUUCACCGUGACCCAUUUCCGUGAGCGUGCCUUACCGAUCAUCGAUUCGCUGCUGGCGGCCAACCGGAUGCCCAUCGUCGUGGGCGGCACCAAUUACUACAUCGAGAGUAUCCUGUGGCGGGUGUUGCUGGGGGAUGGUGUCAAGCGGGAAAGGGUCCGGUUGCGUAGCGGCACCGAACUGCCGGCUGAUGCGUCCGAACCGUCCGUGAAGCAACCGAAGCCGGACGAAGCUACGGUGAACCGGGAGGAUACGCUGGACCGUCUGCUGGAGCAACUACCAACGAUGGAGUCUUGCGAUUCGCUUGAGCUACACGACUCGGACCUGCUGCACCGGUUGCUGCAACGUGUCGAUCCAGAGUCGGCGGAUAGGCUGCAUCCGAACAACAAGCGCAAGAUUAUCCGGGCGCUCGAAGUGUACGUGGAGUCCGGUGGACGACGCACAAUGAGUCAGGAACUUGCCGAACAACGGGCAGCACCAGGGUCCUGUGGUUUGGGUGGACCUCUCCGCUAUCGAAACGUAGUCAUCAUUUGGUUGCGCUGUGAUCAGGAAACUCUCAACCGCCGGUUGGAUGCAAGGGUUGAUAGUAUGGUGGCGCAAGGACUACUGCCAGAGAUACGCACAUUUCACGAAGUGUACGUCAAACCGUACAGCACCUGCGAGUACCAUCGGGGCAUUUUGCAAAGUAUCGGAUUUAAAGAGUUUGCCAAGUACCUGGAACGCAACGGUCCGGAGAAGGAUCGGGAGCUGCUGGAGUAUCUUACCGCACCGCAACACGAGCGUGGCCCAAAGCCCGACUCACUAGCCCAGCUGGAAGAUUGUCUGGACUAUCUUAAGCUGGUCACACGUCGCUACGCUCGCCGCCAGCUACAGUGGAUUCGGAACCGUUUUCUCGGCGAUACUGGACGUGAGGUGCCGGCGAUAUACGCGCUAGACACGAGCGAUAUCAGCUGCUGGCAGAGUCAGGUGUCCGAUAAGGCAGUGGCGAUCAUUGAUGCUGCCUUAAGCGAACAACCGUCACCGGUUGCUUGUGAGCCAAAGAGCGAGUGUGAACGGCCAGGGGCCAAGCAAAAAGAGCGUACCUUUCGCUGUGAAUCCUGCCGGCGUGUGUUUGUGGGUGAACAUCAGUGGCAGAUACACGUGCGCUCGAAGAAACAUCGGAAGAUGUUAAAGCAAAGCACUGGGGCUGAUCGAACGCAACGGGAGUCACCUGUGGAAAAGGGAGCGGAAAGAGAAUUAGUUUAGCGUUGCAUCAAGCAACAAAAUUAACGCUUGCCUUUGGUGUUGGGGACUGUGAAGUCUCGAUAUACGUGAAGCCUCCUUCAGGCUGAAGCCCACUGCUCAGUCGUAUACCACUUUGUAUGGGAUGAAACGAAUAAGGUCGUCCAAUCAAACUGCCAUCCGACAAAAGCCGUCAAAUUCCAUGCAAAGUUUGUAUGACUAGUAAUAUACGAGUGAGCAGUGCCUUUGUCUUAUUAGUAGUAUAUGACUAUUCGUAGUAAGAUUGGAUUAAACUUGAAGGGUGAGUUCAGAUGACAGUUGCAUUCUACAACCUCAUCUAUCGAAAUCCACACAAUAUUCGCUCGGCUAGUCCUAUACGACUUCAGCCAGCGAUUCUAGCCUUAAGGACGCCUACGGCAGACAUUACCAAACACCAAGUCAAACUGCAGGAAGCGAUAGAUGUAGUAGUCUUAUGUAAGAAAUCUUUGUUCGGACACACCUUCAAAAGUAUAGUACUACAAUCAGAUUUGAUUAUACGAUCAAGGUUGAUCAUGCUUGACAACACCUUAGACCCACUCUACAACGUCGUCCUUUAUUAUAAAUUAAUAUUAUGUACAGACAUACCGUGGCUACGAGUGUGUGUGUAUUUGCGAUA